AUGUCGACACAGCGCAACGGCACGUCCAACGGCGCCAAUGGCGCCUACGCGACGCCCACGAGCAAGCGCUUCUCCGACAUUCCCUCUGCGAUCGACGUGCCCGUCCAUGGCGAAGCCGAAGACGAAGCCGUCGAGAUUGACCUCGAGGCCCUCUUCGAUGAUCCCACAGAAGUCUGCACGCUGCUGGAGAACGAGCGAGCGGCACGCACAUAUUGGAUGACCGUGGCCCUCGCCUACGCCAAGCAGAAGAACAUCGACCAUGCCAUCGAGAUGCUGGUCCGUGGCGGCAAUUCCAUGCGCGACAACACCCCGCGAGAAAAGCUCAGCCUCAUCGGAUGCCUGUGUUGGAUGUACCUGUGGAAGGUCCGCGAGGCCCCGCGCCUGCCCCCCGACGGCGUGCCGGCGAGCGAGGCCAAGACGAAGGAGCACUACCUUCAGCUGGCGACGUCGACGCUCAACGACGCAUCACGCAUCAACCCCGCGUUCCCGCCCUUGUUCCUCGCGCGCGGUGUUCUGCAGCUGCUGCGCGCGUCGCUGCAGAUCCCCAAGGCCACCGGCCUCGGCAAGCUGGACAACGAAAAGGCAGACCUGCUGCGGGCGGCGCUCAAGGCGUUUGAGGACGCCAUUCGCGUGUCGCAGGGCAAGAACAUGCUGGCCGUCAUGGGCAAGGCGAGGGCUCUCUUCUCCCUCGGCAAGUUUCCCGAGUCGCUCGCCUGCUACCAGGAGGUGCUCAGCAAGAUGCCCGAUCUCGUCGAUCCCGACCCGCGAAUCGGCAUUGGCGCCUGCUUCUGGCAGCUGGGGUUCAAGGACGACGCGAGAAGCGCCUGGGAGCGCUGCCUCGAGAUCAACCCGGACCACAAGGUCGGCAACAUCCUGCUCGGCCUCUACUACCUCGACGCAAGCGGCCACGUGCCGACAAACAGCCCCGACUUCAUCCGUCUCUACAAGAAGGCCAUGACCGAGUACACGCAAAAGUCCUUCAAGCUCGACAAGAACAUGCCCCUGACCUGCGCCACCUUCGCCAACUACUUCCUCUCCCGCAAGCAGCUGGGCACCGUCGACACGCUCGCGCACAAAGCCAUCCAGUACACCGACGUCAACGCCAUCGCCAGCGACGGCUGGUACCUCCUGGCCCGCAAGGAGCACCACGAGGGCGACCCCAGCAAGGCGUCCGACUACUACCGCCGAGCCGACGAUGCCAGGGGCGGUGCGGACCCGCGGCUACCUGCCCGCCAAGUUUGGCGCUGCCCACAGUCCAAGCACCAUGAGGCUCUGGUCCUCCUCGGCACGCUCUACGCCGAAGAAGUGUUUGCGAACCAGGACCUGGACGCCAAGGAAGACAAGUCGGCCGAGACGAAGAAGGCCAUUGGGCUCCUGGAGAGCGUGCGCGGCGCGUGGCGGGACUCGAAGAAGAAUCUCAAACCCGACGCGGCCGUCCUGCUCAACCUCGCCCGCCUCUACGAGGCAGAGCACCCCGACAAGGCGCUGCAAUGUCUGCUGCAGGUCGAGCAGCUCGAGAUGGACCUUGUCAGCGCGGCAGACCGGCCGCCACCCGAGACGGACGAGGCCGAGACGAAGAAGGCUCUUCGCAGGUUCCUGCCGCCUCAGCUGCUCAACAACAUUGGCUGCUUCUACUCACAGUCGGAGAGGCACGAGCAGGCCAGCGAGCUGUUCGAGGCGGCGCUGGACGCGUGCAUGAAGCUCGGCGAAAAGGACGAAGACGCCGACGUCGACGCGCUCGUCACGACCAUCAGCUUCAACCUCGGCCGCAGCUACGAGUCCCGGGGCAUGCUAGACGAUGCCGUCAAGGUGUACGAGGAGCUCCUCAAGCGUCACGACGACUACACAGAUGCCCGCGUUAGGCUCGCGUACAUCAAGCUGCGGAAGUUCCCUCACAAGGAGGGCCCCGAGGCCGUGUCCAAGCUGUACAAGGAGAACGCGAGGGAUCUGGAGGUGCGCGCUCUCUACGGCUGGUACCUGGGCAAAGUGCCGUCGCGGAAGAGGUCAGGCAACAUCAACGAGGACGACGAGUUCCGUCACUACAAGCACACGCUCCGCGACCACGACAAGCACGACCGCUACGCGCUGGUCGGCGCCGGCAACCUGCACCUGCUGACGGCGCGCGAGAUGCGGCGCGACAGCGACAGCGACAAGGCGAAGCGCAGCGCCAUGUACACCAAGGCGGUCGAGUUUUUCGAGAAGGCGCUCUCGCUGGACCCUCUCAACGCCUACGCCGCGCAGGGCAUCGCCAUCGCGCUGGUCGAGGACAGGAAGGACUACAAGACGGCGCUGGGCAUCUUUGUCAAGAUUCGCGACACGGUCAAGGAUGCGCACGUGUUUGUCAACCUCGGUCACAUCUACGCCGAGCUGCGGCAGUACUCGAAGGCUCUCGAGAACUACGAGACGGCGCUGUCGAAGGAGGGCAAGAGCAACGAUCCUGUCAUCCUGGCGUGCUUGGGCCGUACGUGGCUGAACAAGGGCCGCUCGGAGAAGAACCUCGACGCGUACAACCAGGCACUGUCGUAUGCGAAGAAGGCAAGCUCUCGAGGCUGCGCCGGAGCAGGUGCACUACAACAGCCGCGGCGCUACAUCGCCUGUGAGGGCCUCGACUUCGGGCAUAAAGACGAGGGUCCUUCUCUCCUCGAUGGCCGGGGCCGCGUCGCCGCCGCCGUCUGCGACUGUGUACCGCCGCCAGACGUCGACGAACGCCUUGGCCUUGUCGCCCUCGCCCGAGAGACGGACUUCCUCUACGGUCUCCGUGCAGACGGCCUCGCGCCCGUCGAGGGGCAUGUCUUUCUCCCAGCCUGGGCGGAAGAGAACCUCGCCGCCGGCCCACAUUCGCCGCAUAAAGGGACGUCCCGGCCAGUGGUCUGCGUCGGUGCCAUCGGGAUGGAGCUCCGAUGGGCGCGCCUGGAUGGGGAAAUAGACGAGGUGGUGGCCCUGUGGCCGGGGGUGGGCUGGCUUCCUGGACGGUGA